UACAGCGCCCCCUGUCGGCGAGGAGCGCGGUUAUGUGGCUGCGCGUUAGCAUGAAGCAUGUUUACAUUUAACAUUAUCACAUGUAGGAUGAAAGAUUAAUGUGAUGAAGAUGAUGAAGAGGACAUGACGCGGGAAUCUGCGGAUGUGAGUGUGUAUUUCAGCGCGGGGCAGGAGGUCAGAGAUGUUGUGUUCAUCACACACAGAGUCUGUCAGGAGUUUCCCUGCAGAGUUCUGCCUGAGUUCACGCCCUGGUACCCAUCAACAUCAGACAGCAUCAGACCCAUCAGACCUGAGAUCAGACCGCCGCUCAUCACACCGGAAGAUCUGAAGAACAUCACAUCAGACAGCAUCAGACCUGAGAUCAGACCGCCGCUCAUCACACCGGAAGAUCUGAAGAACAUCACAUCAGACAGCAUCAGACCUGAGAUCAGACCGCCGCUCAUCACACCGGAAGAUCUGAAGAACAUCACAUCAGACAGCAUCAGACCUGAGAUCAGACCGCCGCUCAUCACACCGGAAGAUCUGAAGAACAUCACAUCAGACAGCAUCAGACCUGAGAUCAGACCGCCGCUCAUCACACCGGAAGAUCUGAAGAACAUCACAUCAGACAGCAUCAGACCUGAGAUCAGACCGCCGCUCAUCACACCGGAAGAUCUAAAGAACAUCACAUCAGACUACAUCAGACCCGUUAGUGAAUGUGAAGACUCGAGCAGAAUAAAGACUGUCAGCAGCAGCUCUGAGAAUCUCAGAGAGUUCAAGCGCUCGUGGUGUGUGAUCACAGACAGGACGACACCGGAGAAGAUCACACACUCGUUCUCUCGUCUGUUUCGUAAGGUCAUUGCGAAACACAGACUUCAUCUUCAUCAGAGAGUGAAGUGGGUCGUGUGUGAGCUCAACUGUGUCACACACACUAUUGAUGAAGUUUGGUUUCAGCUGAAUCGAGCGAUCAGACACUCCAGACUGCCCACCUGUAACUCAAACUUUCAGCGAGAUCUGUGUCAGAUCUGGAUUUACUGUGACCUCUUCUACUCUGAGUUUAUUGGUAGUUUCUUAAAGAAAGAACUUCAGCUCUCAGGCCAGAUGACAUUAACUGUUCAUAAACUUGGAGAUAUUCUUCAGUUUUAA